AUGCAGAAUCACUUGAUCAGGCUUCAAUGUGGACUCAACAGCUAUGACUGGGGAAAGAUUGGUAGAAACUCCGCUGCUGCUAGGCUUGCGGCGGCGACUCCUACCAGCAAUUUUGUAAUUCAAGAUAUACCAUACGCAGAGCUUUGGAUCGGAACUCACCCUUCGAACCCUUCGAAAGACGUGCAAACGAAACGUACGCUACUUGAGCUCAUACAAGAGGAUCACAAUUUAAUCUCAACAAACAUCUGUGAAAGAUUCGGGAACAAGUUACCCUUCUUACUUAAGGUUCUUUCUAUCGAGAAGGCCCUCAGUAUCCAAGCCCACCCCAAUAAAAAGUUGGCCGAACUGUUGCACCAGAGAGAUAGCAAAAACUAUCCUGAUAACAACCACAAGCCCGAAAUGACUAUUGCAAUCACAUCUUUUGAAGGACUUUGUGGAUUUAGGCCAUUAAUUGAGAUAUUGCACUUCCUUAAUACUGUAAAUCCACUUCAAAACCUGGUUGGUGGACUAAAUGUACAGGAAUUCAAGGAUACUAUCGAAAGUAUCCAGGUCUCUCAAAAUGCAGACAAUGAGAGGGCGUGUAAAGAAGGUUUACGAAAGAUUUUCAACUGCUUAAUGCAAUCUAACCCAGAUAAAAUCAUGUCCGCCAGCAAAGCUCUACUAAAGGAUGCUCAUGAUCUUGGUCCCACGUUUGCUGGUGGAGGUGGACCCUCUAAUACCGGUGAAGAGAUGGCGCAGUUGGUCAUUAGGUUAAGCCAACAGUAUCCUGAAGAUAUCGGACUGUUCGUCCUUUUCUUUUUGAAUUAUGUUAAGCUCGAACCGGGUGAAGCUCUGUUCCUCGGUGCAGAUGAAAUUCACGCAUAUCUUAGUGGAGACGUGGUUGAGUGUAUGGCUGCCUCGGAUAACGUCAUCCGUGCUGGGCUCACUCCCAAAUUUAAAGACACCGAUACCCUAGUAAGUAUGUUGACAUAUUCUUGUGCUCCGAUUGAGAAGCAAAAGAUGCAACCUGUCGACUAUCCUUACGUUACACUGAACUCUAAAGCAUAUUCUUCGGGCUCCUAUGUGACCCUCUACGACCCUCCGAUAGAAGAAUUCAGUGUAGUAAAAACUGAACUCAAGAAUAAGGCAUCCAAAGCUACAUUCGAGCAAAUCUCAGGUCCUAGUGUUUUGAUAUGCACAUCUGGCAAUGGGAGAAUAUUAGCCAAUUCUUCAAUUGAGGACGUGCAUGCGGGUUAUGUCUAUUUUGUAGGUGCCCAUACAGGCGUCAUACUUGAAAGUGAUGACACGGAAUUUACAACUUUCCGGGCAUUUUGCGAGUUACCAUUACCUCAGAAUUCGAACCUAUGA